AUGAGACCGAUUCAGCCUCCACCAGGUACCGCCGCCACCGUUGCGGCUGUUCCAUCUAUGGCUAAUCAGAAAGCUCGCAGGCGUCCUAACCUAAGCCUGCCUCUCCCGCUUCGGGAGUCCAAGAUCGCCGUCCCGCUCCCUCUCCCGCCGCUUACCGCCUCCGCAACGUCCACCAGCAGCCAGCAGCAGCAGCAGCAGGCGACGACGCACCAGGUAAUCGGCUUCUCCGAGCUCGACCGGAUCAACCGGAUUGGGAGCGGCAGCGGGGGAACCGUCUACAAGGUGAUUCACAGGCUCAGCGGGAGGGUUUUCGCGCUCAAGGUGAUCUACGGGAACCACGAGGACUCCGUCCGGAACCAGAUCUGCAGGGAGAUCCAGAUUCUCCGAGACGUCAGCCACGCCAACGUCGUCAGGUGCCACGAUAUGUACGAUCACAACGGCGAGAUCCAGGUCCUGCUCGAGUUCAUGGACGGCGGAGCGCUCGAGGGGGCUCACAUCGCUAAAGAGGACGAUUUGGCGCACGUCGCGCGCCAAAUCUUGAGCGGAAUUGCUUACCUCCACCGUCGGAAGAUCGUCCACCGCGACAUCAAGCCUUCCAAUCUGCUGAUCAAUUCCAACAAGCACGUCAAGAUUGCCGACUUCGGGGUGAGCAGGGUGCUGGCCCAGACCAUGGACCCUUGCAACUCCUCCGUGGGAACCAUUGCUUACAUGAGCCCGGAGAGGAUCAACACGGACUUGAAUCACGGCCAGUACGACGGCUACGCUGGGGACAUAUGGAGCUUGGGGGUGAGCAUAUUGGAGUUCUACUUGGGUAGGUUCCCAUUUGCGGUGGGCAGGGGAGGCGACUGGGCAAGCUUGAUGUGUGCUAUUUGUAUGUCGCAGCCGCCGGAGGCUCCCGUGACUGCUUCCAGGGAGUUCAGGGAUUUCAUUGCUUGUUGUUUGCAGAGGGAACCAGGGAGGAGGUGGACGGCAGUGCAGUUGUUGAAUCAUCCUUUCAUAGCGAGGGGCAAUGGAGGCCAAAGAGAUGGGAGCCAGAACCUGCAUCAAUUACUGCCUCCUCCACGCCCGCUCUCAUCGUAG